AUGUCGCAAUCAAAUCAAGCAAAAAAUACAGUAAUGGAACUUAUCCAAGGGGCUGACAGAUCGAAAUGGACGGUGCAUAGUAAUCAUAGCAUUACAUGCUUCACAAAAGGUGAGAUAGAAAUAAUAACUAACAACUUCACAGCUAUUCUCGGAAGAGGUGGAUUUGGGGAAGUUUAUGAAGGAGUUCUUGAGGACCAAAGUAAGGUUGCAGUGAAAAGAUUUAUCCACAAUGUGAAAGAAAACUUCAGUAAAGAGUUGGCCGUCCAUCGUGAAAUCAACCACAGAAACGUAGUGAGGCUCAUUGGUUACUGUGUAGAAGAAAAUGCCCUUAUGAUGAUUACUGAGUACAUCGCUAAUGGAAACCUGAGUGAUGCUCUUCACAAUGACAACAGUUCCAUCCCUUUGGAUGUAAGACUUAGGAUCGCCAUUGAAUGUGGGGAGGCGUUGGCAUACAUGCAUUCUCACAUGUAUACUCAUGUAAUCCAUGGUGACAUCAAGCCUGCUAACAUACUCUUAGAUGAAAACUUCCAUGCGAAAUUUUCGGACUUUGGAAUAUCAAGACUAAUCAACACGGAUAAGACACUGUACACGGAGAAUGUAAUAGGAAGCAAUGGUUACAUGGACCCUUUGUUUGCUCGGGAUGGGCUUCUCACUUCGAAGAGUGAUGUUUACAGCUUUGGGGUUGUCCUCCUUGAACUGAUUGCCCGGAAAAAGGCAACAACAGUAGUCGACAACGUCAAUAUUGUGGCUGCAUUUACUAAUGCUCUUGCAAGGGGGAACAGAGGUGCAAGAGAGAUGUUUGACGCUGAAAUUGCAAGCAAGGAUAGCAUGAAGAUUGUUGAAGGGGUUGCAAAGGUAGCAGGUGAAUGCCUAAAAAUGGAAAGAGAAAAACGUCCGGAGAUGAUUGAUGUUGUAGAACGUCUUCGGGUGCUAAGGAAAGCUUUACAUCAGGAUCAGGGACAACACCGAGUAUAUCUGUUCUCUUGGGUAAGGAAGAGCAAGCCAGCACCUCCAGCAGUAGUUACCAUCCCUGCCAAGUCUGUGCCGUCAGGCCUGUGCCACCAGUUCUCGCUUGCAGAGAUAAAGGCUGCGACAAACAAGUUUAGGUUGUCACUCCGUGUUGAUCAGGGUGCAUUUGGUCCUGUUUUCAGUGGCAAGAUUGCUGGAGGAAAAACUAAGGUGGCUAUCAAGCGCCGCGAUCCAUACUCUAUGCACAGUGAGCAUGAGUUUCAUACCGAGAUAGAGAUGUCCUCGAAGAUCCUUCACCACAAUUUUGUGCCACUAGUCGGUUACUGCGAUGAGAUGGGUGAGAUGAUCCUCGUCUACAACUACAUGGCUCAUGGAUGUUUGCGUGACCACCUGUACCGAACAAAGCAGCCACCUCUUACCUGGAACCGGCGUCUGGAGAUCUGCAUUGGUGCAGCUCGGGGCCUGCACAGCCUUCACACAUCACAGAUCAUCCAUGGUAACGUGAAUACGAAAAAAAUCCUGCUGAAUGAGAAAUGGGUCGCCAAGAUUACAGAUCUUUCUCUUCCCAAGUCUUUGCCAUUAACAGAAGUUUCACGGGUUAUCUAUCGUAACCUGAAGACGACAAACAUUCUGCUGGAUGAGGAAUGGGUUGCCAAGCUUACAGAUCUUGCUCUGUGCAAGACUGGUCCACCAACGGACGUGAUGCCAAGGGUCAUGGGCAGUGGUGGCCUCCUGGAUCCUGACCGGUCGGCUAACUGA